UAUUUUUCCAAGUGCGGUGCCGCAGGACGUUUUCGCCGGAGCUGGAUUCAAGUUCAACCUCGACUUCCCUCGCAGGCUCACUCAUGGAUCAAACGAAAGCCAGACUUGUUUCAAAACUCUCCAAUUUCUUUGAAAACGAAGACGACGAGCCUCCAUUUCCAGUGCGAAUUGGAUAGUAUUCAUUACUAGCCUUCGUACUCAACGACUGACAAACUACCCUUCGUGUUCGUUAGCCCAAAGCCGUAGACGACGCGAAGUUGUCACAGUAUACUGCAGGAAGCCAUCGAAAAUCUCGUCGCGAAAAGGAGCAGGAGGUAGCCGAGGCCAAGAAACGUGAAGAGGAAGCCAAUGCAGCUCAGGCAUAUGCAGAAUUUUUGAAUGCGUUUGAGGGCGAGGGCAUCGGGAGAAGAGGGUUUCGCAUCGAGCUCUGUUGCCAACGAGCGUAAGAUGUCUCCUCCACCCAUGCCUGGUCCUCCAAAACCCAAGGGAAAACGCGAAAUGGACACGUUCCUUGAAGAACUCAAAAAGGACCAGGCAGAGCGGGAAGCAAGAUACUCUCGUCAUUCUCAUGGCCGUUCAGUUACUGCCAUGGCUGCUUAUGAAGGUCAAAGCGGCAGCAAGGACAGAGGCGAUCCUCAGACAUCUAAUAUCUUCGUGGCAAACCUACCCCCUCACGUCACCGAGCAAUCACUGGGUAAUUUCUUCGCUCGGGUAGGCCCUGUCGGAUCGGUCAAGGUUAUGUGGCCGCGAAAUGAUGCAAGCACCGGUCCUGGAGCAGAUAUGACUACGUCCAGAAGGAGUAAAAAUUCGGGUUUGAGUGGUUUCGUAUCUUUCAUGACCAGGAAGGAUGCGGAAGAAGCUCUUCGAGAGUUCGACGGCUUUGAUUGGGGAGGCUCUGUUCUACGUGUCGGGUGGAGUAAGGCCGUGCCUAUAGCAGCCAAACCUAUGUUCACUUCGUCGGCAUCGAGGACCCGGCAUCGAAGUCGCAGCCGUAGCAUAAGUCCAGCUAGAGCUUACCAAGGAACUAGAAGCACACACUCCCGAGAACAUCAUGGAUCCUAUCGCUCACGUAGUCGGUCCAGGGAUAGUCGUUCUCGUUCUCCGAAGCGAUACCGACGUUCCAGAAGUCGCUCGCCAAAGAGACAUCGCCGUUCCGACAGUAGUGAUCGCGAGGAGGAGACUAUCACAGAUACCUUCAUACGUGCCGUGGCAGCCGAAGUGAAGGGACACGACUCGAAGUAUGAAGGUAACUUGCGAAAGAGGGAAGCAAACAAUUCCAAGUACGGAUUUUUGCGAAAAGAACAUCGUCGGCACGCCUUUUAUCGUGGACUCAUUGAAGAUGAACGUCCUUUGUCUCCAGAGUUUGACGACGAAGGUUACAACUCCGUUUAUUCCACGGAUUCUGCGGAGGAAUCCGAGCGCGAACGGACACGAAAGGUGAAACUGGGAAGAUUGGCGAGGAAACGAUUUGAGGCCAUCUUACGUGCUUUGUCCGGAAAGCGGGGUGAAAUUGCUCGAUGCAUGGCAUUCAGUUUAGAACAUGCAGAAGCUGCACACGAAGUGGCCGACAUAAUAGUUGCUUCCCUUCUGGUGGAUGAAACACCUGUGCCACGAAAGGUGGCUCGUCUUCACUUAAUUUGCGACAUCCUGCACAAUUCCGCAGCGUCUGUUCCAAGCGCUUGGAAGUUCCGGCAAGAAUUCCAAGCUCGCCUCGGAAUUGUCUUUGACCAUAUGGCCAAUAUCUAUCAUUCAUUCCCCGGACGGAUAACAGCAGAAACAUUCAAGAAACAGAUUACCUCCAUAGUUGAUGUCUGGGAAGACUGGAUCGUAUUUCCGCCCGAUUUCACUUCAGAGCUCCGUGAGAGACUGGAAGGCAUUCCAGAGGACAAACAAAGCACUGGAGAAGAACAGAUUCAUGAAGAGAAGUCUCCCGUCUUUGCAUCACGGUUCAAAGUUAGCACAUUCCGCUUAGCAGAUGAACAUCUUGGAACCCAUCCUGGAGAAAUUACUAGCCCUAGACCAGACGUUGACGGAGAACCUCUCAAUGACGAUGUCUAUGAUCCGUCUUUAAACGAAGACAUCGACGGCGCGCCGAUUGACCAUGACUCCGACAGUGAGGGCAUACCAAUUGAUGCUGACCUCGACGGUGCACCAAUCGAUGACGACGACAUUGAUGGGAUACCCAUUGACCAUGAUAUCGAUAGGAACCCGAUACGUCGUGAAGGGGCUGAAGAUCUUGAUGGAGAGCCCGUGGACAAUCUUGAUGGAGACCCUAUGGAUAUGGAAGACUGAAUGAUGAACAACUGCGAUCGCCUUGAUUUGCCGAACGUAGGGGACGUGAGCGGGUUUUCCCCCGCGCGACCAAAUCCUCCAUCAGUGUGGCAGAUGGCCUCUCAUAGCCUUAGUUAUACUUAAGUUCCCUUGAGCCAAAUAAUUCAU